AUGGGUCAAGGACAGAGCGCCAUCCCGGCAACGGAACGGACGGCGCUCGAAGAGCUCUACGACGCACUGAACGGCGACCGCUGGCGGCGUCGCGACGGCUGGAAAGUGGCGACGUGCGACCCCGAGCAGUGGUUUGGCGUCGAGGUGGCCAUGGGCCACGUCGUGGCGCUGGCACUCCCAGCAAACGACCUGCGUGGCCGCCUUCCGGCCGCGGCGCUGGCGCGUCUACCGCAGCUGCGCGUGCUCGACUUGUCCACGAACAAGUUGCAAGGAGAGAUCCCGCGCGAGCUCCAGACGCUGACGAUGCUCAGGCGUCUAGACUUGAGCUCGAACGACCUCACGGGCGCCAUUCCGUGCGAAGUGGGCGCCUACCAGAGCCUCAAGGAGAUGCAUCUGCACCAGAACUCGCUGUCCGGGACAAUCCCCGAGCAGCUGGGUACGCUUCAGAGCCUCCGGACGCUGCAGCUCCAGCACAACAAUCUCUGCGGAGCUCUGCCCGCUGCACUGUGUCACCUGACGCAGCUCAGCACGUUCAGCGUACGGGGCAACUGCUUGACGGGGUGCAUUCCCCCGGACAUUGGCCGCAUGCAGUCGCUCGUGUUUCUGUCGCUGCGCAACAAUGCGCUCACGGGCGCUAUCCCCUCAUCUCUUGGCUGCUGCAAGGCGCUCGAGUUCCUCAAUCUCUCGAGCAAUCAGCUGAGUGGACCCAUUCCCGAGUCCUUGGGUGAGCUCGAAGCCCUUGAGUACCUCUACCUGUUCGACAAUGCAUUGGAAGGCAGCGUCCCGGGCAGCAUUGCACGGCUAAAGUUCCUCAAGGAGUCGGACUUUCGCGACAAUCGGCUGCAGGGCGAGCUGCCCAACUUCCUCGACGGCUGCUCGAGCCUCGAAGCGGUCAUGAGCAAGUGGAAGGACCGCAAGGCCAACUACCGACACGCUGUGUUCGGGGACCCGAUGCCAAGCGUCGACGUUCCGCCCACGUCAUCGCAUCAGUUCUUGCAACGACUCGAAGAUCCACCGGCCACUGCGUGCGCCACCUACUUGAGCAAAAGCUUUGGCCAUGCAAUCAGCAGCAACGACGACGAGAGCCUAGGCGAAGGAGCCCCGGAGGAUGCCCCUGCGAGAAACUCCCACCUCGUAGCGCAGUUCUCGCGCAAUCGCGUCUACAAUUCGUCGGAUGCGGCUGCGACGGGUGCUGCCGUCUAG